CUAUAUAAACCCAUGAAACGGCCUGUCCCUUUCCACCUUCAGCCAUUUUAGCCAUGUUGGGAGCAGUGGGACGCUGCUGCACCGGGGCUCUGCAGGCUCUGAAGCCUGGAGUCAACCCCCUGAAAGCAUUCAGUGCAGCCCCAGCUGCUCUUUAUUCACGCAGGAACUAUGCCGCAGCCGCUGCUCCUUCCGCCAAGGCUGCGACAGCCACCGGCCGCAUUGUAGCAGUCAUCGGUGCCGUUGUGGACGUCCAGUUCGACGAGGGUCUGCCCCCUAUCCUCAAUGCGCUGGAAGUCGCAGGCCGCGAGACCAGGCUGGUGCUGGAGGUUGCACAGCAUCUUGGUGAGAACACCGUCCGUACAAUUGCCAUGGAUGGUACGGAGGGUCUGGUGCGCGGGCAGCAGGUCCUGGACACUGGGGCCCCCAUCCGUAUUCCAGUGGGCCCAGAGACCUUGGGAAGAAUCAUGAACGUCAUUGGGGAGCCCAUUGAUGAGAGGGGACCAAUCACCACCAAACAGACCGCUCCCAUCCAUGCUGAGGCCCCAGAGUUCACAGACAUGAGCGUGGAGCAGGAGAUCCUGGUAACUGGCAUCAAGGUGGUCGACCUGCUUGCCCCCUAUGCCAAGGGCGGCAAGAUCGGUCUCUUUGGUGGUGCUGGUGUGGGCAAGACUGUGCUUAUCAUGGAGCUGAUCAACAAUGUGGCCAAGGCCCAUGGUGGCUACUCCGUGUUUGCUGGAGUGGGAGAGCGCACCCGUGAAGGAAAUGACUUGUACCAUGAAAUGAUUGAGUCCGGUGUAAUCAACCUGAAGGACACCACCUCCAAGGUGGCACUGGUGUACGGUCAGAUGAAUGAGCCCCCUGGUGCCCGCGCCAGAGUCGCUCUGACUGGUCUCACUGUUGCCGAAUACUUCCGUGAUCAGGAAGGACAGGAUGUGCUGCUCUUUAUCGACAACAUCUUCAGGUUCACCCAGGCUGGAUCAGAGGUGUCUGCUCUGCUGGGUCGUAUCCCCUCUGCUGUGGGUUACCAGCCCACCCUGGCCACUGACAUGGGGACCAUGCAGGAGAGAAUCACCACCACCAAGAAGGGCUCCAUCACCUCUGUGCAGGCCAUCUACGUGCCCGCUGAUGACUUGACUGACCCUGCUCCUGCCACCACCUUCGCCCACUUGGACGCCACCACUGUGCUUUCUCGUGCUAUUGCUGAGCUGGGCAUCUACCCUGCUGUGGACCCCCUGGACUCCACCUCCCGUAUCAUGGACCCCAACAUCGUCGGAGCUGAGCACUACGAUGUCGCCCGUGGUGUGCAGAAGAUUCUCCAGGAUUACAAAUCCCUCCAGGACAUCAUUGCUAUCCUGGGUAUGGAUGAGUUGUCUGAAGAAGACAAGCUGACUGUGGCUCGAGCCCGUAAGAUCCAGCGUUUCCUCUCCCAGCCCUUCCAGGUGGCUGAGGUCUUCACUGGUCACUUGGGCAAACUCGUACCCCUCAAAGAUACCAUCAAAGGAUUCAAGGCCAUUCUGGCAGGUGAGUACGACGCCUUGCCUGAACAGGCUUUCUACAUGGUUGGCCCCAUUGAAGAAGUAGUCCAGAAGGCAGAGAAACUGGCAGAAGAGCAUUCGUAAUUGACUUGAGGUGAACAGGUGGAGAGGUGUUGAGAGGAGCACUUGGUUUGUAAGACUUAAUUCAAAACUGUAUCUGUUUUGUCAUCCUUAAGGUUCUAUUUAAUGUUCCCACUCAGAAGAGAUGAUGAAAUAAAAAUCUGUCUUGUCAUAA